AUGGCUACCCAAAACACGAAUCAGAAUCAAAGCAGAAGCCAAAACCAGAACCUGAAUGCUAAUAGAAAUCCAAACCCUGAAGAGGAUUUCAACUUGAGGGAGACCUCGCCGGCCUCGGUGGUGGAAGGGUAUCCGGCAAUGAACGAGAAGGGACCGCCUUUGAUCUGGUGGAGGGAAUGGACUACCUUUGAUAUCAUUGAUGUUCCGAAAAUGGUUCUACGUGAUAGUCCUUUAGCCCUGCAAUGGUAUAGGUUGGAGAAUGCAAAAGGAGAAAGGGUGGCUGGAGAAUUGAUGCUAGCUUUUUGGUUGGGGAUUCAAGCGAACGAGGCAUUCCCAGAGGUGUGGCAAUUGGAUGCCUCAGCCAUCAGUGGUGAUGGUGUCACUUGUAUUAAGUCCGAAGUGUAUUUGUCACUUAACUAUGGAUGUAGAAAGAGGUUGAAUUUCAGGUCUCCUAUUGGCAGGUGGUAUAUUCUUGAGAAGCAUACAGUUUCAGGGGAUGGGCAGAGUAAUGUAACCAAGUUAAAUUGCAGGAUUCAAUUGAGGAUCACUUUGGAUGCCGGGUACCAUGAUCUUGACGAGUUAACACACGAUAGUAGUGAUCUUAGGCCGGUGGCUAAGCAGUUUUGGAAGCCUCCCAUUGGGGUGCUCGAAUUGGGAAUUUUAAAUGCCAAAAACUUGUCAUCAAUGAAGACUAAGGAUGGCCAAGGAAUGGCAGAUGCCUAUUGUGUGGCCAAGUAUGGUUAG